UGACAUAGCAAACAGCUGAUUACCUGACACGCGCAAAACAAAGUAUAUUUUUGCUGCAAGUUGCAUCGACAUUGAAGAUAUUGCAUCAAUAUUUUUAAAAACUUAAAUUUUUUGAUUAAACAACAUGAAAGGACAACCGACAAAAGAAGUUACACAGCUAAUUCAUGAAAUGAAAGUUGGCAAUGUGGAAGGCUCUUACAAUAUUACAGCUAAAACGCUAAAAUUAUUUAAGAAAAUCAUAAAUGGACCGGGCUGGACAAAUGCUGAAGAGCUUAUGAAUGUAGUGCGCACUCAGGGUCAUAUACUGCAAUCGGCAAUGCCACAAGAGACUGUAACAGCAAGUAUAGCGCGACGCAUACUUAAAUUGAUACGCGAGGAAUUUGAAUUACUUAAAGCGAAGGUGCAUCAAUUCUCCGAAGAUCAAGCUUCUAUGUCGCUUCAUAAACUGGUAACGCAAACGAGUAAUGAUGUUAAUGUCGACUACACGGAACCACAGCAAGGAUUACGUGAAGCCCUUUUAGAUCAUUUACAAGAAAUGGAAACCGAAUUGGAGACUAGUUCAGAAAAUAUUUGCGUACAAGCCGAAGAGCACAUACACUCUUCCGAAGUGAUACUCACGCUGGGGCAUUCACGUAGUGUUGAAAAUUUUCUUAAACGUGCCGUUAAAAAACGGCAAUUUCUAACAAUUAUCAUAGCUGAAUGUGCACCUGACUCCAGGGGACACAACCUAGCUGCUAGCCUGGCAACCGGUAAUGUUGAGAUAAUCGUUAUACCAGACUCGGCGAUCUUCGCAAUGAUGUCACGAGUCAACAAGGUAAUCAUUGGUACACAUAGCGUGCUGGCGAAUGGCGGUCUACGUGCGGCCUGCGGUUCCUAUACAGUCGCUUUGGCAGCUAAACAUUAUUCAGUACCUGUUAUUGUACUUUCGCCUAUGUAUAAAUUAUCGCCCGUACAUUUGUGUUCAUAUGAACAGGAUGCAUUUAAUUUGGUUGGCUGCGCGGAGGAUGUUUUAGAAUAUGACUCAUUGGCGUCGCAUUCUGCCAAAGUUUAUAGUCCCAUAUUUGAUUACGUACCACCCGAGUUGGUAACACUAUUCAUUUCGAAUAUUGGCGGCCAUGCACCCUCAUACGUCUAUCGCCUAUUGACUGAGCUCUACAAUCCGGAAGAUUAUGAGAUUUAAAAGUAUAAUUCUAUUUUUAAACAUACAACAACAAGGCUUGUAAUGCUAUCUUAAGCUUUUCAGUUUUCGUAAAACCAAAUAUGCGCUAAGCAUAGCACAAACAAGUAAAAUAGAGAAAAUAGAAAAGCAAAAAA